AUGGAAGACGAGUUCCACGGCCUCGGCACGAUCCAGGUAGAGCCCCAGCGCCGCCCCUUGGGCCUGGACAAGAUGUUCCUCCGCGCUCGCAACUGGAAACACGGCACGCCUAGCGCACCCAUCCGCCCGCCGUCGCCACCGCCAGGCGAGGUACACCUGGCCCUGCCCGCGCCGCUGCACGAGGGGGACAUGGUGUCCCCGCUCGCGGGGCUGUUCCAGUAUCCCGAACUCGUGCCGCUCGUGCUGGAAGAACUGAAGCGGCCCGGCGAGCUGGCUACGGCCGCACGGGUGUGUUCCCAGUGGAACAUGAUUGCGCGCCGGAGGCUGUAUGCGAACGUAUGGGUUCGGCCAUGGGAGGACGCACCCAAGAGAAAGCUGCUUGGCCUCUUCACAACUUUGAACGAGAGCCCCGCGCUCUGCAAGAUGGUCCGGAGCCUGGACGUGCGAUUCUUCCCCCUCGACAUGCAAGGUGACCUGCGAGUGGAGCUCGAGGACGCAAUCCUCAAUGCGCUGAGCAACAUGACCAACAUCGAGAAGCUGGUGUGGACGCGUGACCGUUCUAUCUCUUCAGAACUCUUCCAGGUCAUUACAUCGCUCAAGCAUCUGACAUACCUCGAGCUGUCGGGCCACUCGACACACUACUUUGACCCUCACAUGUUGCGCGACAUGCACGCUCUGCGCGACCUGCGUGUCAUGAUGCCCGACACGACGUUUCGCGCCGCGCUGCCGUCCGUGAUCAAGGACCUGUGUGCCCGGCCCGGCGGCGGACUCCACGGCCUGGCACUGGUGUGCAAGAGCUUCAACCUCAUCAACGACCAGAUGUUGGCUGAGCUAGCGCCGUUUCUCUCCCAGCUGAAACGCCUGAUGCUUAUCGGAGCCACCAGGGUGUCGAGAGUUGGAGUGUAUGAGCUUCUGCGAGCAGCAGACGGGCUGGAAGAGCUGGUCUUGGAUGCUCCACCCCACUCGGAACUGGUCGACCUCUCGGACGCACCGCCACUGGACUCGCUCCACACCUUUUCGCUAUCCUUCCCAGCACCCAACGGCCGUGCGGUGCUCCAACCCGGUGACAUGCCCGUGAUUCGCCCAACAGACACACUCCGGGCCUUGGAGCUCAACCUCUCGUCCACGGGUCCCGGUGGCGGACAGCGACAGCGUAUCCUGCCCAUACCGGCCCUCGCCACUCUGCAGGAGCAAAUCGACUUUACGCGCCUGACGCGUCUGGCGCUGCUCAACCUCGUGAUUGACCAGGACACACUCGCGGCCAUUCUGGCAUCCACGCCAGCCCUGCAAGAACUGUACAUUGCCAUUGCGACAAAAACGACACUGACGACGCCGGCGCUCGAUGGUGUGCCACUGCGUAUCCUCCACGCCAACGCGCCAGAGCAGACGGGACCGUCACGAGCAGACCUUGCGUUUGUGGCCUCGAUCCUGCCCAAGCUGGAACAGAUUGGCUCGCUCAACCGCGUGUACGAGGUGCACAGGCGGUACGAUGGCGCGGAGCACUAUGUCGACUUGGCGCGGUGGUCGCAGGUCACCACGCCGGGUUAUUUCCAGGUCUGGCGCCCGUAG